CACCAGGGGUUGGAAAAACCACACUAGGCAAAGAACUUGCCUCAAGAUCAGGACUGAAGUAUAUUAGUGUGGGUGAUUUAGCUCGAGAAGUCUGAUCACCGGCUAUCAUGGAGUCUGGCAAGAUGGCUUCUCCCAAGAGCAUGCCGAAAGAUGCACAGAUGAUGGCACAAAUCCUGAAGGAUAUGGGGAUUACAGAAUAUGAGCCAAGAGUUAUAAAUCAGAUGUUGGAAUUUGCUUUUCGUUAUGUGACUACAAUUCUAGAUGAUGCUAAGAUUUAUUCAAGCCAUGCUAAAAAAGCUACUGUUGAUGCAGAUGAUGUACGAUUGGCCAUCCAGUGUCGGGCUGACCAGUCUUUCACUUCUCCUCCUCCAAGAGAUUUUCUGUUAGAUAUUGCAAGGCAAAGAAAUCAAACCCCUUUGCCAUUGAUCAAACCAUAUUCAGGUCCUAGAUUGCCACCUGAUAGAUAUUGCUUAACAGCUCCAAAUUAUAGACUUAAGUCUUUACAAAAAAAGGCAUCUACUCCUGCAGGAAGAAUAACCGUUCCACGGUUAAGUGUUGGUUCAGUCAGUAGCAGACCAAGUACUCCCACACUGGGCACACCAACCCCACAAACAAUGUCUGUUUCUACUAAAGUGGGAACUCCAAUGUCCCUCACAGGGCAAAGAUUUACAGUACAAAUGCCUGCUUCUCAGUCCCCUGCUGUAAAAGCAUCAAUUCCUGCAACAUCAGCAGUUCAGAAUGUUCUGAUCAAUCCAUCAUUAAUUGGUUCCAAAAACAUUCUUAUUACCACUAAUAUGGUGUCACAAAAUACGACCAACGAGUCAUCAAAUGUAUUAAAAAGAAAGCGUGAUGAUGAUGAUGACGAUGACGAUGAUGAUGAUGACUAUGAUAAUUUGUAAUCUAGCCUUGAUGCAUGUAAUAAGUAUUUUUGGUCUUGAAUCCAUUGUACUGAAAUUAAGCAUGCUGGAUGUUUUCGUUGUAUUUUAGAAACUUUAUAAAUAGUAUUUAAUGAGUACUUUUCAAUUGAAAUGUUUGGUUUUCUUUAAUAGCACUAGAAAUGGUUUUUCUUCAGCCUUUAUAUGUAAAAAAUAAAGUUGUUAUUUAUCAAUUA